UUCAUAGAAGACAGAGUGGACUGUUUCCGUGGUUCUCAUCACGUGUGACCGCGAGCCAAAAUUUUGGCCAGCGGAAAAGUAAUGCCGAUAAAAGUCCAAGUGUGACACGGCUUUUACAAUUCUUAGCAUUUAGCGGAUUUUCAGCAGAACUUGCUCAAACCUAGUGUAAUUAUGCUAGAUGUUGUAAUGCUGGUUGUACCUAACUACGUCUUUAUUUUGUAUUCUUGAAUGAAACAAAUUCACCCAAUAACAGUCUUUGUGGACUUAUGAUAUACUGCAGUAAUAAGAGGAACAUGAAGAAUUGAAGAAAAAUCUUAUCAUUUGAAAAGUGAAGAAGUAAUCACUAAUAACACUGUUAUAUUAUCAAUAUGAAAAUGAUUGAAGAAAUAUGAAAGUGCAUUGAUAUUUAAGUUUGUGCUCAUUUUUUCAAUGUCAGCCACUGAUCUAAUCUCACCUUUUCAACUGCAGCAAAUGCCUCUGAAAGAGCAGUUGUAGAGCAUCCAAGAAAUCUAAACUGUAAUAAGGACAAGUGGACUUAAAGCAUCCUAAAAACAUGGGGAAACCUUUAGAUGAAGAAAGUACCAACUUUUUGUGUGUUACUGCUGUUAUGCUUAAUGGUGGCAAGAAGGUGUUGUAUAAGGUCUAUAUAUGGGGAUGUGCCAAACCAUUGCAUGUUCCUUUGAAAGAAUACCUUUUAUCCAAAGGUAUGACAAGUAAAAUGUACAAAACUCGCUUUCAUAGUACACAGAGGGAAAAGAUUGAAGGUGAUCCUAGUGGAGCAUCCUAUGACAUUUCAUUACUCUACCAAUGCAUCCGGGCAGCAUGCAGUAAUGUUGCAGUGGAGGAGGAUGUAUGGACCAAGCCAAGUGAUACUCUGGAGUAUUUUAUCUAUCAGAUUAAAGAUCAGAGGAAUUCUCUUGCUCAUGGCACAACUACUGAUAUAGAUGUGCAGGAAAUGAUCAGCAAGAUUGAAGGUUUAAGGCUCUUAUUUCUGAAGACAUUACAGUUGGCAAGCAAAAGAUUCAAUGUUAAUCAUUCUGAAGUUACCUCGAUAGAGAAUGAACUGAACAAAGUGAUCAACAGAAUCCGGGAUAAGUCUGACCGAUUCACAAAGGCAUUAGCAACUCAGAGAAAAGAACUCAGAAAAAUUUUGGUUACUGAAGGUAGGAAAGAAUUGAGGGAACAUUAUAAUUCUUACACGGAAGUGGAUCCUAGUUUUUUAUUAUGGAAAAAUAAGAGACCUAAAGUCACCUCAGUUUUUACAAAGCUUGAGCUAGUUCAAGAUUCUGCUGAUAGUAUUAGAGAAGAACCAAGAUUAGAGAAUCUUUUAGAGUUAAAAAAGAAUGGAGAAAUUCCACAAGUCAUCAUUCUAGAAGGAGUAGCUGGUUCUGGAAAGAGCACUGUUACCUCACUCCUCCUUGCUGAUUGGUGUACAGAGGGUGGAAAGAUUAGCUGCCUUCAAGAUUUUGAGCUUUUGCUUCAUUUUCAGUGUCGCAAUCCCCAUGUUUCAGGUUUCUUAGGCCUAUUAUUACUCCUUUUCCAAAAGACUUCUGGACGAAUGAAAGAAGAAGACUUGAUAAGAUCAGUGCUAAUGUCUAAAGUGCUUUUUGUCAUUGAUGGUUUAGAUGAAGCAAAUAAUGCAUCCCUGAAACUUCUCAGAGAGAUAUUACAGAAGCACAUCAUAGAGAGGAAUCCUAACAUUAGAUUGUUAUGUACAACUAGACCCCAGAGUGUAGAGCAGUUUCAUCGAUUGCUUCCUGAGGAAACUUCAGUAAUUCACUUGAAAAUUGUUGGUAUCCCUGUAGAAGAACAGUCUAAAUUUAUUGCCAGAUACCAUGAACAGUUGAAAUGUGGAGAAAACAGUCAACAGGAUCUCAAAGAACUUUUGAAUUAUAUUCAAUCCACAUCACAGAUUUCAGAACAUUUUCGGCUCCCACUAAAUCUAGUGUUCUUGACAUACCUUUGGAUGUUCUCAGCAGAGACAUUUGGUCAGUUACGUUCAGCUACAAAUCUUUACAUGGAGAUUUUGCAGCUGACAAAGAAGAAGCUUAUAGCUAGACUUCAGUCUAAUCUACAGUACAUUGAUCCUGAGGAAAUUACAAUUAAGUGUGAACAUUUUCUUGAAAUGAUGUAUCAGGAAAGUCUUCUGGCAUUGUGUCAGAAUUCAAUCCUCCUAAGCACUGUGAGCACUGAAGUCCUCAAGAAUAAAUGCAAAAGCUUAAGAUUGCCUUCAACUGAAGUUUUAUCAGGAUUUUUUACCAUUUCAAAGUCUUGGACAGGUAAAAUUUAUAGAGAAGAGUUUUCCUUUCCACAUAAAGGACUACAGGAUUUUUAUGCAGCACAGGCAAUAAUUGCUGUAAUUACUCAAAAGGAAGACAAGGAUUUAUUGGAGAAUGUGAGAAAUGGAAUUAUAAAAGUUCUUGCAAAAAUAACAUUUCAUCAAAAAUAUCAUCAGAAAUAGUGUCUGCAUCAGAGAAUAUUUUGAUUACAUCAAUAUCAAAACCAAAACAAAUUUUGUCCAUCUUGGAAGACCUUCACAGGGAUGAUCCUUUGUCUCUACAGAUAAACAAAUAUCAGAAUGUUCUCAUUCAUUUGAUAGGACUGCUAAAAAA